UCUCUCUCUCUCUCUCUCUCUCUCUCUCUCUCUCAUUUGUUGUUGAUAGUUCAUAAACACUAGUAUUUUAUUUUCCCUUUUUUUUUUUCCAACGCAAAUCCCCUAACUUGAUAUUUCCCUUUUUUUUUACUUGUAUCAGAUCUUCUAUUUUCCGUGAAUGUAGUUAUUUAUUUAUGUGUUCAUUUGUCUUCCCCAAUAGUUUAUAUGAAUAGAUGAAAUAAUCCUGUUUUGCCCACCCAAAGACCGAAAAACAUAAAAUAUUGGUCUCAUAUGCAUGCAGAUGCUGUAAGGUUUCGUGGCUGACAACGUUUCCUCAUCUUGGUGAUUUCCAUUCAGGCUAAAAAAACUUUAUUGCAGGUAUGAAUUCAAAUGGCCAAUCACCAUUUUCUGUUGAUGGUAGUCCAGUUCGGCAAACCCAACCACCUGCACCGCCACAACAACCAUCUGUUGACACAAAUACAGACGCAAGAACUGGUAACACUCAAAAUCAGCAUCCUUCAACAUCUCACGACUGUCAGACUCGGACUCGGAGUCAUACUCAAGCUCGGGCUAAGACUCGAUCAUGGUUUGAGAUUCUGACAGAGAAGACUAGUGGUGGCGACAACUUACUUAAGCUGUCGAAGACGCUCCUAGUCACAAAUUUCAGUGCAGCCAUAGCUAUGGUGAUUUUCAGAUCUGAGGGAUCGCCGUUGCAGUUUGCUUUGAAUUCAAAACCACCACAUGCAAAAUCAUUCGGUAUUCUUGUGGCUUGUAUUGCAAUUGGUUUCACUUGUAAUAUGAAUGUGAUCUUAUUACAGAAGGAAUCGCCAAUCGCUGCAAGCAUAGGGGGGUAUGCUGGCGCGUUGUCGUCCGUCAUUGGGUUCUUGACCAUGAUAAAAAUGAUUCUACCUCAUAACCUCUUGUGGAUUGUUUGGCCUGCUGGUGUUUCUAUCUCCCUAUCAUUUCUCCAUCUCCUUACAAAGAACAGACUUCUCAUGCAAAAUCGGGGUAGAGGCCCAGGCCGCCGUGGCCGUGGACGUGGAUUUCCGCCUCCACCUACAGACUUUCCUUCCCUCCUGGGAAUCUACAGUAACAAAGGGAAAUCUAGCCAAUCGGUUAAAGAUGUCCUCCUAACUCCAGAAACUUAUUUCCAGAACUCCAUUACAGAAGAAACUGUUCUUUAUAUUGAUACAGCUGAUAUCCAAUGGGUUUCUGAUCCAUGGGAGGUGAAAAAACGCUAUCUUGCCACUCAAAAUAGCCCUCCACAUUUGGAUACUUACCGCUAUGUUUAUGAACAAAUUCUGACUGAAUUAGCUUCUGUCCAAUUCCAACAUCAUUAUGCCGAUUCUAAUCGAACUGCAAGUCCAAUUAAUUACAGUAAAGCUACCAUCCAGUCUAUCAUGCCUAUCCAAGCCUGGGGCAUUCAUCCCCAUGUUACCCGCAGUCUUGACAUCCGGUCUAAAGAUAUCCGUUACAGUUAUUGGGAUUAUAUUACUGCUUUCACUCAAACUUUCUAUUAUAUGAACCCUCUUCGUUCUCACUCUUGGUUUUUUCGGGUUCUUCCUGAUGUCCUUAAAAAUGAUCUCCCCUCCUGGUUUCUCAUUUGGUGGGAUACCUUUGGGUUACAGCUCGAUGCUUUUCCAGAAUAUGUUCGCCUGGCCUUUAAUGAAUGGCAAGCUAUUUUCAGUAUUCUUCCAGUUAAUAAAAAUAUUUCCAUGUCCAAAUGUUUAAUGCAUUUUGUCAUUCGCUUCAGUAUUCCUUGGAUAUGGAAAUGGGAUUUCCAGUGCGAUUUCCAGAAUAAAGUUCCCCGUUUAAAAAGAGUUUUCUUCUAUAAAUGGUGGAAACAGAUGGAUGAUACCAAAAAUAAGCAAGACUUGCUCCAGCGAAUCAAAGAACAUACUCAAUCCUGCCUAGAUGCCUGUCCAAAAACAACUCCUGUCAUUCCUGCCAAUCCUUUUAUUCAAAUCCAGCAAGAGCUUCGACGAAAAUAUCCAGAAAUAACAGAGGAAGAACUUGUUGCCAAAAGUAUGGAUUUUAUGAAGCAACAAUUUCUUGAGUCCAUGGCCCCUCGAGACUCUAGCAUGAAGUCAGCUUCCAGUGAAGGCGAAAAAACUCAACCUGACCCAUAUUCAGAUGAUGACAAUGCAUUCACACCCCUUGCAGGAGAAUCCCAAGACCCGAAUGAAGAUCCAUCUGAUCCAGAUUUUGGAGAUAUUUGGGACUCUGUGACAGAACUAAUUACCGACAAAUUGGUACGGGCCAAAGGAAAAGGAAAACGAAAUGACAAAUAAUGCGUCUGGCCCACCAGUCCUAUUCUGUCUACCAUCUACUUUCCAGCACCACUAGUGGCCAAAUAACUUUCGGUGAAUAAUGAAGCCACUUUUCUUAAAGUAGAUUCUUUGCCGACAAAGCUAAAGAUAAGAGGAUAAGGAUGAUCGAAUGCAAACCAUUCAGCACACGCCACCUGUCCUUGUUAUCUGUUGAGUUUGUAAUAUAAAUAGGUAGCCCUUGGCUUGUAAGAGGCACCACUAGAACAAUUUUAUUUUCUCGUUUAAAAACUCUGUACUCUCUCUCUCUAUUUUCAGUGUGAAGCUUUUGAAGCAUAGUAAUAAUAUCUCUGCUGGUUU